AGCAAAGUCUUUGAUUUGGAACAUGAUAUUGGCUCCAUGAAUUCCAACAACUGGCUUUCUUUUCCUCUUUCUCCCUCUAAUUCUUCAUUACACUCCUCUCAACCUCAUGAUCAUCAUCAGUUCAAUGUAGGGUUAGUGAAUGCUAAUAUGGAGAAUCCUUUCCAAACUCAAGAAUGGAACCUGAUAAACACCCACGAUAAUACAAGUGAAGUUCCAAAGGUUGCAGACUUCCUUGGAGUUUCAAAAUCCCAAACUCCAUCCUUAGAUCUUGUGGCCCUCAACGCAAUUCAUCAAUCUAAUCAUCCUGCUGACUAUUCAUUUCAACACAACAAUAUCGUUCAAGUGCAAAACAGUACUACUGUAAUAGCUUCCAACAACAACUAUGAGUUGCUAGAGAAUGCUACCAAUUUGCAGUCACUGGCAUUAUCUAUGGGUAGUGGCAAGGGUUCAACCAGCGCUGAAAACAGUGCUAAUAUCGUCGAGGCUCCCACUAGAAGAACCUGUGACACUUUUGGGCAAAGAACCUCCAUAUACCGUGGUGUCACAAGGCAUAGAUGGACUGGAAGAUAUGAAGCUCAUCUAUGGGAUAAUAGUUGUAGGAGAGAAGGGCAAUCGAGGAAAGGAAGACAAGUAUACUUGGGUGGAUAUGACAAAGAAGAGAAAGCAGCUAGGGCUUAUGAUCUUGCUGCACUCAAGUAUUGGGGAACAUCCACCACCACUAAUUUUCCUAUUAGUAAUUAUGAGAAGGAGAUAGAAGAAAUGAAGCACAUGACUAGACAAGAAUUUGUCGCUGCCAUUAGAAGGAAGAGCAGUGGUUUUUCAAGGGGUGCAUCCAUGUACCGUGGAGUAACGAGACAUCAUCAGCAUGGCAGAUGGCAAGCCAGGAUAGGCAGAGUUGCUGGAAACAAAGAUCUUUACCUAGGAACUUUCAGUGCCGAAGAGGAAGCAGCGGAAGCUUAUGACAUUGCAGCGAUUAAAUUCAGAGGACUUAAUGCAGUCACUAACUUCGACAUGAAUCGGUAUGAUGUAAAAGCCAUUCUAGAGAGAAAUACAUUGCCAAUAGGGGGAGGAGCUGCAAAACGGCUAAAGGAAGCUCAAGCACUUGAAUCAUCAAGGAAGCGUGAAGAAAUGAUAGCUUUGGGUUCAAGUUUCCAAUAUGGAAGCUCAAGCACCAGUAGGUUACCACAAGCUUACCCUCUAAUGCAAUUUGAUCAUCAACCGCAACAACAACCAUUGCUAACAUUACAAAACCACGACAUUAACUCUCAAUACACUCAAGAAGACACCUCCUCCUCCACCUUUCACCGUAAUUACAUUCAAACACAGCUGCAAUUGCACCAGCAGUUUUACAACAAUACCUACAUUCAAAACAACCCAGAUUUACUUCAUGGUUUGAUGAACCUGAGCUGUUCUUCACCAUCUGUGGUGGAUAAUAAUGGCGGCUCAGGCUCUAGUGGAAGUUACAGUGGAGGUUAUGUGGGCAACUCGACGGAGGAGGUAGGAUUGGUGAAGGUUGAUUAUGAUAUGCAGUCUGGGGGAUAUGGCGGGUGGUCUGUGGACUCAGUUCAGGGCUCAAAUCCCGGAGUUUACCCAAUGUGGAAUGAGUGAUAGUGACCAUGUUUGGGAGGAAAUGCGGCUGGAAUUAUAUUAUUACACAGAUCCAUCAUUAUUUCUGUUUCAACUAAUAACACUUAGAAAAUUUUCAAUGCAAAACUUGGAUAAAAAGGCUUUUAAUUUUUGUUUCUGUAUUGCUUCUUGUUCUGUGCGUCUUACUACAAAUUUCUUAUUCCAAAUCCAAUUUAAUUGGAUAUAUGUUUAUGGGUUGAAGUUGGACCCAAUGUUGUAUUCGGAUCUGGAAAUAUCAAAUUAGUCAAUAUGGAGAAGACUCACUUCUAUUCAAUCUAAUAACGUAUGUUGGAUCAUGCA